AGUGGGUCGCGGUGCAGGCGAAGCAGUGGGAUGAGAGGCCCUCAACAAGAGGCUAAUCAGCAGCAGCAGCAGCAGCAGCAGCAGCAGCAGCAGCAGCAGCAGCAACAGCAACAGCAGCAGCAGCAGCAGAAGCAGCGACGGCACCUGAGACGCACUGAAGAUACGGAUGCGGAGGAGGAAGAGGAGGAGGAGGAGGAGGAGGAGGAACAAGAGCGGAGACCGCAACAACAACAACAACAACAACAGAGAGAUGAAUCACGAUUGGCGCGGGUGAAGCGAACGCUCCUGGGCCGCGGUACCUCAGCCCCAAGCGGAUGCCAUGGCGGCUCCGGGCGCACCAGUUUCGGUGUGGAGCUCGAGCUCGCGCCCCAUGAAUGCGGGGUGCCCCACGUCGUCCACAGGAUCUGCCGCUACAUCGAGGCUCACGGAUUCCACAACUCGGCCCUCUUCCGAAUGGCGAGCGGCAGCUCGCGACUCGCCGAGCGUCUGCGGCUCGGUUUCGAGCGCCGGGGUGACGCCGACCUCGAGGCCGCCGCCUGCCCAGCGACCGCAGCCCUCCUCCUCAGACAGUACCUCAAGGAGCUACCCAAACCCCUCGUCGGAUCCACCUGCGUCUCCAAGCUGCUGCAAUUACACUCUCAAGAGCGGCCCAGGAAUCGAGAGUGCUGGAUCAAUAAGACCCGAGAGCUGCUGGCGAAGGAGUUGCCCGGUGCCAAGGGUCGACUCCUCGAGUAUCUGCUCCUCUUCCUCGGGCGCUUCGAGCACCAGCAUGGCUGCAGCGCAGGCUUACCCGGUAUAUUUGCGCCUCUACUCGUACCCCACGUGCCCCCUGCGACGCUGCUGAUGCGCGACCUCCUAGUCGACGCUUCCCUCAUCUAUCCGGAUAGCAGCAGUGUCAGAGAGUCCACAGUGAACGGCGUCCUUUCCACUUCAGAUUGCAAGGUUUGCAAAGAACCGAAGGACGAUUUUGGUCCUCCCGAUACUUCUUUACUUAUUAAUACAACAAAACCUCCGAAACGGAAGGACCGGCGUGAUUCCUGCGGGCAGGAAAGGAAAUUGAUAAGAAGCAACAGCGAAGAGAGAAUUUGGGAGAGCAGUAAGAGAAUGACCGGUGAUAGCUCAACUACCGAUUCCGCCGAUACCAUUAGGCGGGUUAGCAGUCACGAGGACUUUAAUAGUGCAAAACAUCAUCACAUUCUUUCAAAAUUGCAAAAAGACAUGGGCCACGGACUGCGUCAUGGAAAUCUGCCCCUCUACGAGAGAACCAACGUCUCUCCAGUAUCAUCUAAGACGUCACUCAUCCAUUCACCGAACGAUGCUGUGCUCGCGACUGAAAAAUAUGACUGCGACGCAGAACGACUUAGGAAUAGCGAGCGAUUUAGUAGAAGCGUGACACCGAGGGGCAGGAGGCAAGUGAGAAGAAGAAAACUCCAGAAAACUUCGACGUUUGAUUUGAACGCGAGCAAGGAAAAUGAAAUAGGCGAUCCAGAAUCUCACGUGCAAAGUCAAAGUUUCUUGGAAAUGCUAAACAGCGGACCCAGCAGGUCUCCAUCUCCCGUUCGACCACCAUCUCUUGAACACGAUGAUGCGAACAAUCCAACCCUGGCCAACUGGGGUUUUCAAAUUCGACAGAGAAACGACGAAGAGAUGGACGAACGAGUUGAAAAUAUGGUUUCUCCAAGGAACUCGUUACUAAUACCUCGCAGAUUUUAUGCGGGUGACGAGCACGAAGAACAAGAGAUUACCAAUGCCAAGGAGUAUGGUCUGAAAAAUCUGAUGAAGCAAAUCAAUACUUUGAAAAAGAAAAUAAAAAAGUAUGAGGGUGAAUUUGAAGAAAAUUUCGGCUAUCGUCCCAGCCACUCUGACAAAAUGACCAAUCGUGAUAUAAAGAAAAUUGUUUCCGAAUUGAAUAAAGUACGCAAGGAGCACAAAAUUCUUAAGGAAGGCUUUGUCAGUACGUUAUUGCUAGCGCCGAAAUUACAAAGCAACGCCGAAGGUCUAAGUACAGCCAACAACAACAACAACAACAACAACAACAACAACAACAAUAAUAAUAAUAAUCAUAAUAAUAGCGAGGACAAGUAUAGAGCCACGACAAUAUCUGAAAUGGUAAAGGAAGUCGAACGUAAGCUUGCGGAGAAGCGAUUCAAGUACAACAGGUCGGAGAAUAUGGAUGAGCUUUCGUACGAGCAGCUUUUGGAUGAAAAGACCGCGAUGCAGAAAUCAUUAUUGCACAUGGAAAAUACUUUCGGAAGAGUCGUAACGAAAGAAGACAGAGCUAUUAUUCGCCCACUGUACGACAAGUACCACACGCUAAAGCGACUAUUAAUCAGAGCUGGAACUAAUCGAUUCAAGGACAGCAUAUCCGAGCUUGCGACGAUAUUGGAGCACGAGGCAAUGGACUUUACAUCGACAUCGGCAAACGCCGUAGAAUGUGAUCGUCGAGCCAGCGAGCCAGACAUGUCCCAUCGAGGCAUUUUGGAUUGCAUUGAUUCUACGGAACAAUUACAAACUGACAGUGACAGUCAGCAUAGCAGUAGCGAGGGUAGUCGAGGAGUUGUCGAAAGUCUUCAUUCCCUUCCAAAGGACGAAUUAUUGCAACAGCAAAGAAUUACGAAAGAAGAAAAAAAGCGUCUGCGAAGAGCGCUGAAGGAGUUGGAAAUGCAAUUCGAGGCUCGCGCUGGACGACGAAUGCAGCGUGAAGACCGAGGAGCACAAGUUAACGUUAUUUAUGAUUCUUAUAAACAAACGAAGGCUAAACUCAGAUUAAUCAGUGCUCUGCUAGCAAAAAGUACUUGAAUGCUAAAAUACUAAACGAUAAAUUGAAAAAUCUACCGUAAAUUCUUAAUACUAUAUUG